AUUGCAACUUGAGCAUCUACUUUAACAUUAGACAGAUCCUCCCCUCUUAUAGAGCAAUUAAUCUUUUUUCAUGAUCACGCUUUAUCCAUUCUUUUAAUUAUUACUACAUUAGUGGGAUACUUAAUACUAGAGCUAUUAUUCAACAAACAGGUAAAUCGAUUCCUCUUAGAAGGACAAACAAUUGAAGUUAUUUGAACAAUAUUACCUGCUCUAACUUUAAUUUUUAUUGCACUACCCUCCUUACAAUUGCUUUACCUAAUUGAUGAAAUUAAAAAUCCAUUAAUUUCAAUUAAAUCUAUUGGUCAUCAAUGAUAUUGAUCAUAUGAAUACUCAGAUUUUAAAAAUCUAGAAUUUGAUUCUUAUAUAAUCCCCUCCCAAGAAACCUCACAAUAUCAUUUUCGUUUAUUAGAUGUAGACAACCGAACUGUAGUGCCCUUUAACUCCCAAAUUCGAUUAUUAGUAACAGCCGCAGAUGUAAUCCACUCUUGAACUGUACCUUCUUUAGGAGUAAAAAUUGACGCAACACCAGGACGACUAAAUCAAAUUAGAUUUUUAACAAAUCGCUCUGGUUUAUUUUUUGGUCAAUGUUCAGAAAUUUGCGGAGCAAACCACAGAUUCAUACCUAUUGUUCUAGAAAGAAUUUCCCCACAACUAUUCAUUAAAUGAAUUUCAAAAAUAAUUU